AUGUCGCGUAAGCAGCGACAAUGGGAUGCCUCCGCGCAUGAAGAGGCGAUGUUGUGCCUAUCUUCGCUCGACGCCACCGAUCACUUGUUACCAAUGGAUGUUCGAAGGAGGAGAUGUCGAUGUGAAAUGAAGCAGAAAUCAAAGGAGAAGAUAGGCAGAAAGCGCUACGAGUAUUUUCUAUCACAUCUUCGCGGCCUACUCGGUGUUCUUUGCAACAUGAAGUUCAACAUCGCAAAUCCGACAACCGGGUGCCAAAAGAAGCUCGAGAUCGACGAUGACCAGAAACUCCGGGUAUUCUGGGACAAGAGGAUCUCUCAGGAAGUAAGUGGAGAUGCUUUGGGUGAGGAGUUUAAGGGUUAUGUGUUCAAGAUUAUGGGUGGUUGCGACAAACAAGGUUUCCCAAUGAAACAGGGAGUUUUGACUCCUGGUCGUGUUCGUCUUUUACUGUAUCGCGGAACCCCUUGCUUCCGAGGGUACGGUAGGAGAAAUGGAGAGCGUAGAAGGAAGUCUGUUCGUGGAUGCAUUGUUAGCCCUGAUCUCUCCGUUCUAAACUUGGUUAUUGUGAAAAAGGGUGAUAAUGAUCUGCCUGGACUAACUGAUGUUGAGAAACCAAGGAUGAGAGGUCCAAAGAGGGCAUCAAAGAUCCGUAAACUCUUCAACCUUUCCAAGGAAGAUGAUGUCAGGAAGUAUGUCAACACAUACCGUCGAACAUUCACAACCAAAAAUGGUAAGAAUGUGAGCAAAGCUCCUAAGAUUCAGAGGCUGGUGACUCCCUUGACUUUGCAGAGGAAGAGAGCCAGAAUUUCUGAUAAGAAGAAGAGGAUUGCCAAGGCCAAGUCAGAAGCUGCUGAGUACCAAAAGCUUCUUGCUUCUAGAUUGAAGGAACAGAGGGAGAAGCGUAGUGAGAGCUUGGCCAAGAAGAGAUCUAGACUAUCUGCAGCCUCUAAGCCGUCUAUUGCUGCCUGA